AUGAGUGAGGAGUAUAAAGUAGACGAGUACAGUUUUCCAAUACCAAAUGACUCAAACAGUGGAAUUGAUUUAUUUGAAACAAAUGACAGCUUCUUGACAAGUGUUGUUAGUAGUGCUGAUGAUAUUUCUGAUGAAGGUUAUGAACAGGUCAUCACACCAUCAUCAAGAUCACCACAAAAGGUGUCUGGCAAUGGUAGUGGGUCUAGCAGUAGCAAUUGUGCAAGUACAAGCAGUAGCAUGCACUCGACCAGAGUACUCAAAAGAAAAUCUUGUGCUGUUGAUGAAAUAAAUUCGUCAUUUGUAACAAAAAAGUUGAAAACAGAUAAAUCCAACGUCUGGUUUCAUUUUAAAAUUAGUGAAAAAAAACCAGAGCUUGCACAGUGCAACUACUGCCUUAAAUGUUACAAACAUUCAGGCAACACAACUAAUUUAUCAACCUACUUGAAAGCUAAACACAUUGAUAUUUUUAAUGCUUCUUCAUCUACCAAAAAAGAAGAAAAAAAGAAGAAUCAUUUACAAGACAAGGCUAGUACAUUACCUAAAAUAAUAUCUAACAUCAAAUCAUUCCAAGGAAAUCGUGCUGCUGAUUUAACAAAUGAGUUACUUCAUAUGCUUGUUACAUGUAAGCUGCCUCUGUAUUUUGUUGAAAAGCGAUCUUUUAAAAGAUUCAUUAAGUUUCUUGCACCACAUUACACAUUGCCAUCAAGAAAAACAUUUAAAAGUUUGAUCAGAAAAACAUAUGCAAAUUUAAAAAGUAAUUUUAUCACUAAUAGAAUUGAUAAAGCGUUAUCUAAUUGUAUGACCUGUGACAAUUGGUCAGAUAAUAAAAGUCAAAGUUAUCUUGGUGUAACUCUACAUUAUGUAACACCUGAAUUUGAAUUACGAAAUACCAACAUUGGUGUUUUUCCCAUGGAAGGCAGCUAUACAGCUGUGAAUAUUGGUUCUUGUUUGGAGCAAGUUCUCAAGGAUUUUAAUAUCAAUAAAUCAAAAGUAUUGUCAGUUUCAACUGACAGUGCUGCUAAUAUAAAACGUGCAAUUGCUGAUGUAUUUGGAGAAGACAAGUGGUUGCCUUGUCAUUCCCACAUUUUGUCACAUUUAGUGCCUGAUGCACUGCCAACAUUAAAGGCAAAAGCAAAUGAAAGCAAAGAAGAGGUAGAAGAAAGAGAAAAAGUUACAACUAUUAAUACAAGAAUUCAAAAAAUCAGAAAUAUAAGUGCAAGAAUGAGAAGAAGCUUAAAUGCUUCUGAUGAAUUGAAAGAAAUUCAAAAAAAAAAUGGUGUAUCAGAAGGAAUGUCUUUGGCACCAGCAAAUCGACCCACUCAAUUAUCCAAUGAAGAAAUUUUAAUCAUCCAAGAUGUUAUUCCAUUGAUGAAGAUCAUCGAGUGGGCCAUUAGUGAUAUGAGUGGUGAGUCUUAUGCCACAGCUUGCAUGGUAAUUCCUACCGCACGUCUUAUUGUUGUUGAACUUGAUAAAUGUCUCCCCCAAGCUGAGGAAGGAGUUGUGUUAAAAAGUAGACUUGUAAAUGCAGUAGAAAAACGAUGUGGUCAUUUGGAAGAUAAAGUUCCAUUAAUUUUGUCCACGUUUUUGGAUCCACUGUUCAAGACCCUUCAUUUUUCUAAGACUACAACUGUGGAAAAAGUAAUAAACAUCAUAAAUUUGAUGAUUAAUGUUGAUUCAAGUCAAUCAACAUCAAAAGAUGUAAUUGAAGAAAAAACAAACAUUAAAAAAAAAAGGAACCUCUGGGCUGCUCACAAUGAUUUGGUUUUAAAAACCAAUCGUAUAUCUGAAAACACAAAUGAAGUAGAGGAAUAUUUAAAGUUAGAAUGUUUUGAAAUUGAAACAAAUCCCAUGGAAAUAUGGAAAACAUUGAAAAGCAAAUUUCCAAAACUAUUUAACAUUGCAGUAAAGUACAUUCAUUUACUUGAAAGCUCUGUACCUUCAGAACGUUGGUUUUCACACUGUGGAGCAACUGAAGGUGAUGCCAGAGGACAACUGUCUGGUAAAUAUUUAAAUGAAAUACUUUUUCUUUGUACUUUGCCUGAUGAUGAUUGGAACUAG